AUGGCGCCGUUUGAAGCCCUAUAUGGUCGCAAGUGUCGUUCACCAGUUGGAUGGUUCGAAUCGGACGAAGCACAACUAUUAGGUCCAGAUUUGGUUCAGCAAGCCUUGGAGAAAGUUACGAUGAUACGAGAACGACUUAAGACGGCACAAAGCAGACAUAAGUCCUAUGCAGAUAAGAAAGUUCGCGAUAUAGAGUUCAUGAAGGGUGGAAAAGUCUUCUUAAAAGUUUCACCUAUGAAAGGAGUUAUGAGAUUUGGUCGGAAGGGUAAGCUAAGCCCUAGGUAUAUCGGUCCUUAUGAGAUUUUGGAUCGAAUUGGGUUGGUGGCAUAUAGACUUACUUUACCUCCGAGAUUGUCUGCUGUUCAUCCUGUAUUUCACGUGUCUAUGCUAAGACGAUAUGUUGGCGAUAAUAGCCAUAAGAUUCAGCCAGAGGAUGUGGAGCUCGAUGAGAAUUUGACUUAUGAAGAGGGUCCAAUAUCUAUUCUUGAUAGGCAAGUGCAACAAUUGAGGUCGAAAAAGGUAGCUUCAGUCAAAGUGUUAUGGCGUAAUCACCCAACCGAGGAGGCUACUUGGGAGUUCGAGGCGGAUAUGCGAGAUAAAUAUCCUCAGUUAUUUGAUGCGACAGGUCCUUAG